GUAUCCGGGGACAGAGCUGGGGCUUCGGGGAGCCGGGUCAGAGGUCUCCUAUUCCCCUUCAACCCCUACAGGUGUCAACGCCCCAGCACCAGCAUAUGGGUGAGGGGGUACCCCCUGGGGCCUGAGCUGCCCCGCACAGGAUGCCCCGUGCUCCCCACCUCAUGCCCUUGCUGCUGCUGCUGCUGCUGCUGCUGACACCUCCCCAGGCCCGGGCCGUCUUUCCUCAGGAUCCACUCCCUUUGUUGACCUCUGAUCUUCGAGGUUCUUCCCCGUCAUCCUGGUUCCGGGGCCUGGAGGAAGAUGCUGUGGCUGCAGAACUUGGGCUGGACUUUCAGCGAUUCCUCACUUUGAACCGGACCCUGCUGGUGGCUGCCCGGGAUCACGUCUUCUCCUUCGACCUUCAAGCCCAAGAAGAAAGGGAGGGCCUGGUGCCCAACAAGUAUCUAACAUGGCGGAGUCAGGAUGUGGAGAACUGUGCCUUGCGGGGAAAGCUGACGGACGAGUGUUACAACUACAUCCGUGUCCUUGUUCCUUGGGACUCCCAGACGCUCCUGGCCUGUGGAACGAACUCAUUCAGCCCCGUGUGCCGCAGCUAUGGGAUAACUUCGCUGCAGCAGGAGGGCGAGGAGCUGAGUGGGCAGGCUCGGUGCCCAUUUGAUGCCACCCAGUCCAACGUGGCCAUCUUUGCAGAGGGCAGUCUAUACUCAGCCACAGCGGCAGAUUUCCAGGCCAGCGAUGCUGUGGUUUACAGAAGCCUGGGGUCUCAGCCCCCACUCCGCUCCGCCAAGUACGACUCCAAGUGGCUCCGAGAGCCGCAUUUCGUCCAAGCUUUGGAGCACGGAGACCACGUCUAUUUCUUCUUCCGAGAGGUCUCCGUGGAAGAUGCCCGGCUGGGAAGGGUGCAGUUCUCCAGAGUUGCUCGCGUUUGUAAACGUGACAUGGGCGGCUCUCCGCGGGCCUUGGACCGCCACUGGACGUCCUUCCUGAAGCUGCGGCUCAACUGCUCGGUCCCUGGGGACUCCACCUUCUACUUUGAUGUCCUGCAGGCCUUGACCGGGCCUGUGAACCUGCAUGGCCGCACAGCGCUCUUUGGAGUCUUCACCACCCAGACCAACAGCAUCCCUGGCUCUGCAGUCUGUGCCUUCUACCUGGAUGACAUUGAGCGUGGGUUUGAGGGCAAGUUCAAGGAGCAGAGGAGUCUGGAUGGGGCCUGGACCCCUGUGUCUGAGGACAGGGUGCCCUCACCCAGGCCUGGCUCCUGUGCAGGCGUGGGUGGAGCUGCCUUGUUCUCCUCUUCUCGAGACUUCCCUGAUGAUGUCCUGAUCUUCAUCAAGGCUCACCCACUUCUGGACCCUGCUGUGCCACCUGCCACCCAUCAGCCACUCCUCACCCUCACCAGCAGGGCCCUACUGACCCAGGUAGCUGUGGAUGGCAUGGCUGGUCCCCACAGUAACACCACUGUCCUGUUCCUCGGCUCCCAUGAUGGGACAGUGCUGAAGGUGCUGCCCCCGGGGGGCCCAGCCGGGAGACCCGAGCCUGUCUUCCUGGAAGAGAUUGACGCCUACAGCCCCUCCCGGUGCGGUGGGAAGCGGGCAGUGCAGACAGCACGGCGGAUUAUCGGGUUGGAGCUGGACACUGAGAGCCACCGGCUCUUUGUGGCCUUUGCUGGCUGUAUCGUUCACCUCCCACUCAGCCGGUGUGCUCGGCACGGGGCCUGCCGCAGGAGUUGCCUGGCUUCUCAGGACCCAUACUGUGGCUGGCAUAGCUCCAGGGGCUGUGUGGACAUCCGAGGUGGUGGGAUGGAUGUGGACUGGGUUGGGAGCCAGGACUCCACAGAACACUGCCAAGAUGGAGCCACAGGAAGCCAGUCUGGCCCUGGAAACUCAGCUUAUGUGCUUCUGGGUCCUGGCCCUGCCCCUGAGACCCCCAGUCCCCCCAGUGAUGCCCACCCCCGGCCCCAGUCUUCCACUCUUGGAGCUCACACUCAGGGCGUGCGCCGGGACCUCCCCCCAGCCUCGGCCGCCCGUUCCGUCCCCAUCCCACUCCUUCUGGCCAGCGUGGCUGCCGCCUUCGCCCUGGGCGCCUCAGUCUCGGGCCUCCUGGUUUCCUGCGCUUGUCGCCGCGCCCACCGACGACGUCGAAGCAAGGACAUCGAGACUCCCGGGCUUCCGCGCCCGCUCUCCCUUCGCAGUCUGGCCCGGCUGCAUGGCGGCGGUGGCGGUGGCCCGGAGCCCCCGCCGCCGGGCAAGGACGGAGCCGUCGCGCAGACGCCACAGCUCUACAGCACCUUUCUGCCACCGCCCGAGGCUGUGCCCCUGCCCCCGCCCGAGCUGGCCUGCCUGCCCACCCCGGAGUCCACGCCCGAGCUGCCCGCCAAGCACCACCGCGUCGCCGGGGGGCCCUGGGAGUGGAACCAGAACGGCAACAACGCCAAGGAGGGUCCGGGCCGCGCGCGGGGCGGGAACGCGGCGGGCAUGCCCGCGCCGCGCGUGCUCGUGAGGCCGCCGCCGCCAGGCUGUCCCGGGCAGGCGGUGGAGGUCACCACCCUGGAGGAACUGCUGCGCUACCUGCACGGCCAGCAGGCGCCCCGCAAGGAGGCCGAGCCACCGGCCCCGGCCCCGUUUACCUCGCGGCCGCUUCCGCCCGAGCCUGUGGCCACCACCCCCGCGCUCUUUGCAGACCCCAGCCCCCUAGCCCGGGAAUGCAGCCCACCCCUGAGGCUGGACAUCCCCCCGGAGGGCAAGGGCACGGUCCCCGCAGCCCGGCCAGCGCUCUCGGCCCCCGCCCCGCGCCUCGGGGUCGGGGGUGGCCGCAGGUUGCCCUUCUCCAGCCACCGCACGCCCCCUGCCCUGCUCACGCGGGUGCCCUCCGGGGGCUCCUCCAGGUACUCAGGGGGUCCCGGCAGGCACCUCCUGUACCUGGGCCGGCCUGAGGGCUACCGAGGCCGCGCCCCGAAGAGAGUGGACAUGGACAAAUCCCCGUUGUCGCCGAAGCCGGCUCUCCUCGGGCCCUCUCACCAGGCCGUCCCUAACGGCAGCCAUUUUAACUUUUGA